AUGGAAGAGAGAGACUCUGAUGAAAAAUAUAUUCACGAUCGAUUUAUAAAUGUUUUACUAACUAAAGGGAGGGGUGUUUUUUACAUUUUUAAUCCGGGAUUUUUUAUUCCGAAAGAAGUUAAAGAUGGAAAAAGUGGUAAAAAUGAAAAGGUUAAGAGAAAAAGAAUGAAAAGGUUGUGCGCGUGA